AGCUUUUGUAGAAAGCAGUGAUAAUGGCUUCUCUUCUCAAAGCACUCAAAGCUGCGAAUCCUUAGGAUUUGUUGUUUUGUGAGUUUCAGUGUCUGUUUUUCUCGACAUUUACCGUGUUUUCUGAAAGAAAACUGUAAAUUUUGACAAGUUGUCCCAUCUGUAAUGACUAACGAAACAUGGCAAAUCCAAGCCCAGUCAACCACCCAGUGCUUGUAUCCGACAACGUUCCUUGGGAGCCAUUUGGAAAGACAACAAGAGUUGAAGCCCAGCCCACAGAAUCAUCAUCCCCCGGCUCAUGCAGACCCAAGAAACUUACUAUGAUGCUAGAUAUGGCCUGGUUAGAACAAGAAAUCAAAGAUCUAGAGGACGUCAAUGUGAAGAGCAGUCCAGGUACAACAAGUGAUAUGUUUCCAUGCCCAACAUGUGUGGUUGCAUUCACUAGCCAGGCAUAUCUUGACAAACAUAAAAAAUAUUGCCGGGGAAUCAAGUCAGACCAACAAAGUUCAGCAAUGAUGGCGACCACAGCUGAUGCACCUACAGUAACAGUUCUCUCAAAUGUAAAUCCCUUAAUGACUCAAAGUCUUGCUCCAGAGAUCAACAGAAGACCAGAAGGGAAUCCCCAGGGUUAUCCAUGUCCAUGGUGUCCCACAGUCAGCACUUCACCAGCAUAUCUAGAAAAACAUAAAAAGCGAUGUCAAAGAAAACAACAUUCCCUGCAAAAUUCCCAUCAUGCACCUGCACCGGCCAUGCAACAGUCUCUUCAUCAACAGGCUCCACAGGUGUACAGCCCCGGCAGCAUCACCCAGGUCAAACAUCAAACAGAAGCGCAGACUCAGGCUCAUCAUGUUCUAUUGCAACCCCAGCUGCACAUCGGAGAACACCACCUGUCGCAGUUUCAUUUCAUGGAUACACUCUCGCAGUCAGUACAGGCCCAAGUUCAAGCUCAGGCUCAAGCCCAUGUCCAAGCUCAGGCUCAGGCUCAAGCUCAGGCUCAAGCUCAGGCUCAAGCUCAGGCGCAAGCACAUGCGCAGGCCCAGGCACAAGCUCAUGCGCAAGCCCAGGCUCAGGCCCAAGCUCAGGCCCAACAAGUUCAAGAAGUGCAAGCACAAGUUCAAGCUCAGGUUCAGGCUCAGGUCCAGGCUCACAUGCAGGCACAGGCCCAAGCCCAGGCUCAAGCUCAAGCCCAGGCACAAGCUCAAGCUCAAGCCCAAGCUCAAGCCCAGGCCCAAGGCCAACAAGCAGUGGUGCAAGUUCAAGUUCAGCAUCAGCCGCAGCAUCGGCAUCAAGUCGUGGUAUCUACUAUACCACAACAUGACCCACAUAAGGAGGCAUCUCCACAUCCAACAAAUACUCUUGUUCCUAUUCAUAUGACGAUUCCCACUCAGGAGCAUGGUCAGUCCAUUGUUGUAACAAGUGCUCCUUCUAGCAUGUCUCAGACGUUGGGGCAAGCACUUACUGUCACAACUUCAGCGAAUAUGACGCAGACGCUUCAGCCUGUACAAGUGACUGCAGUAAGCACGCCUACAAGUAGUGCCCAAUCUAUGACGAUAAUGGUGCCUCUGUCAUUGGGACUUCCUUCGAUGCAACUCCCCCUACCAGUGCCUAUGCCAUCUCUUGUGCCUCUGACAUUGCACCAAGAAGGUGUCAAUGGCAUGGAAGCCACCAUAGCUGAGGCUGCAGUUGCAAGUGGCAACAGUAUUAACUACAUAGAAACCAGCAUGUCCUCCAGCAGUGGAAAGUCAGCGCCUUAUCGCCAUGGUGAAUUACCUCCUCGCUCGACUGAUUCAGUGUCAACAAAGCUUCUUGCUUGUGGAGAGUGUGGGGAGCAUUUUCCCAAUAAUGUUCAACUUCGUAAACAUGCUUUCACUCACAACAAAGAUAAGCCAUUUGUGUGCACAACUUGCUGGAAGAUUUUCAAAGAUGGUGAUGAUCUUGAGAGGCACCGAGCUCUUCAUAGGCCUCAUCCCUGCCCUCAGUGUGGAGAGAGAUUUGGACGAUUGGGUCAUUUGAAACGGCAUGCAAUGACUCACACAGGACACAAACCAUAUCCCUGUCCUCAUUGUAGCAAGGAAUUCAUGGACAAUGUUGAUCUUAAAAGGCAUUUGAUGACUCAUUCUGGUGAGAAGCCUUACAGAUGCCAAGUUUGUGGUGAUCAGUUUGCUCGCAGCAGUAACCUCAGGCGGCACAGUAUCAUUCAUACAGGUGACAAGCCUCACAAGUGCCCAGAAUGUGGUGAUGGCUUUGUGGAUAACUUUGACCUAAAACGUCACCUUAUGACUCACACAGGAGAAAGGCCAUAUCAUUGCAGCUUCUGUGGAGAAAGUUUUACAAGGAGCAGCAACCUUCAACGUCAUCAGCGUAAGCAUACUGGGGAGCGCCCUUUCGUCUGUGAACUCUGUGAGAAAUCAUUUGUUGACAAAAUUGAUUUGAAACGACAUGCUAGAGUGCAUUCAGGAGAGAAACCCUUUGCUUGCAUUAAAUGUGGAGAUCAUUUUGCACGUAAGCAUAACUUAAGAAUACAUCUUAAAACUCACUCUGAAAUAAUUGAAUGUCAGUUUUGUCAUGAGCAGUUUGCAUUACGGUCUCAAUUAGAAGAACAUGAGCAAGCUCACAAAGUUGAGCCGAAGUAUGUCAGAUGUAUGCACUGCCAAGAGUAUGUGAUAGAAAGUGACAUGAACAACCAUUUAGUUAGUCAUACGGAUUUGACCCAUGAGUUAUUUUCUUGUCCUGUCUGUGAGCAAAAGUUUUUGGAAGAGGAUGACCUCAAAGUCCAUAGUAGAUCUCAUUUGGUUCAAAAGCCCCACACAUGUGAUCAUUGUGGGGAGCGCUUUGCACGCAGGAGUCACCUUUCUCGUCAUGCACUUACUCACCUGGAUCGGAAACCAUUCCCUUGUAGUGAAUGUGAUAAGUCGUUCUUGGACAAUGUUGAUCUAAAGAGACAUAUGAUGACUCAUACUGGGGAAAGGCCUUUUAUUUGCACAGAGUGUGGUGAGACUUUCUCUCGAUUAAGUAACCUGAAGCAGCACAGUAGAAUACACACUGGGGAGAGGCCGUACCAUUGUCAUACUUGCAGUAAACAGUUUAGUGACAGCGGCGUUUUGAGGCGCCACGCCCUCACACAUUCCGGUGUCCGUCCUUAUGUUUGUCCAGAGUGUGGAGAGAGAUUCAGCCAGAAGACUCAUCUUAUCUCCCACAACCGCACCCAUUCUGGUGAGAAGCCUUUUGGUUGUACUCAGUGUGAAGAAAAAUUUACUGAAAGGAGUAAUUUGAGAAGACAUUCAAGAAUGCAUGCCCCCAUGAAACCACACAAAUGUGAAACGUGUGGCGAAACAUUCUCUCUGUUAAGUCAUGCCAAAAGUCACUGUCUGCCCUCUGCUGAUGAUAGACUGUUUUCUUGUCCAGAGUGCGGGGAGCAAUUUGGAAGGAUGAAUAACUUGAAAAGGCAUAUCCUCAGGCAUACUGGGGAGAAACCGUUUGCUUGCACGGAUUGUUCGGAAAGCUUUGCAGACAAGAGCAGUCUCAAGCGUCAUUCCUACACUCACACUGGUGAGAAGCCCUUUGUUUGCUCAGAGUGUGGAGAACGAUUUACUCAAAGUGCCCACCUUAAAUCUCACACUCGUAUUCACACAGGCGAGAAGCCUUAUCAGUGUCCCUUCUGUAGAGAAAGAUUUACUCAUCGCAAUACUUUUAAAAAGCAUAGGAAACUCCAUGAGACUGAAGCUUCAUCUUCUGCUCCUAGAACGUAGAUGUUGGCAAUUUAGUUGUACUAUGAACAAAUGACAUAGACUUGUGAUACCUUGUUGACAGUUGUGUUUAAUUUAAGCAAUAAUUUUCAUUUCCACUAUGUUGCAGUAUAUUUUUGAGUAAAGUUUCUAUCCUUUAAGUGGGUAAUCAUAAUUGUUUUGUUUAUGUAUAAAGAUGAUGUAAACAUUAUGUUAUUUCAUGUUAUAACUGUCAAAUGUUUCUGAGAUCCACUUUUAUUAUUACUGUGUUCAAUUUAGUUUUGCAUUAAGAAACUUUCUUUUAUAGAGAUUGUUAACUUGUUUAAAAUAUGAUGACAUUAAAUAAUAGCAAUAUGAAUGAAAA